UACUCUCAAUUAAAGCGAAAGAGAGAAGAAAGUACAAAUAUGAAGAAGAAAUUGAAAAGGCUUCGAGAAAAGGAUGUAAGCGAACGACAGAAUACGAAAAAAUUUCAUAAUAUUUAUAAAAAAUUACCCUUUGUGCAACGACAAUUUCUGGAUAUGUUACUUCGUAAUUUCGACAAAGAUUUACAAGGCAGGAGAUAUACGCAGGAGGAGAAAAUUAUCUGCUUAUCAAUAUAUAAAAGAUCUGCGAAGAGCUACAGGUACAUGCGCACUUUCCUACCACUUCCUAGUCCUACAUCAUUAAAGAUACUUUUAAGAAAAAUCCAGUUGGAUGCUGGCGUUAAUGACGACCCAAGAAGGAGACUGAAAGAGGCUGCGAAGGGUUUAACUGAAAAGGAUAAAGUCAUGAUUUUAAUGUGGGACGAACUGCUUCUAGGAACUGGACUAUUUUACGAUAAGGAACUUGAUAAGAUAAUUGGAUUUGAGGAUUGGGGAAACGUUCGCACCGAUGAAUUUGCUGACCAUGCCCUGGUCUUUAUGUUACGUUCCGUCAAUACCGGAAAUAAGAUCCCAGUAUCCUUCUGUUUUUGCAGUAAACAAACGACUACUUCUCAGUUACUGUAUAGCAUCAAGGAAGUUAUUGGGGCCGCCAAAGAUGCUGGUUUCAAUAUUGUUGCCUCAAUAUGUGAUGGAGGCUCUAGCAACCAGUCUGCUCUAAACACUCUCAUUCAAGACACCGUGAAGCUGAAGGGUGAAGAAUACGUUUACACAAAUGGUACGUACAUUGUGCAUGGUAUGGAGAUUAUACCUCUAUACGAUCCUCCUCACCUAAUCAAAUGCCUGCGAAAUAAUCUCCUAAAUAAGGAUUUAGAAUUAUGGUACAAUGAAGGAAAACCAGAAUCAGCAAGAACCUUUGCUGAGUGGAAUCACGUAAUAACAGCGUACGAGAUUGAUGUCUACGGGACCGACAACCGGAGAUAUGUACCUAACUUAACUGAUCGUCACGUCUAUCCAGAAAAAAAUUAAGAAAAUGAGCGUUCACGUUGCAACGCAAGUUCUAAGUCUUUCUUUGAGUUCACGUAUAGAUGCACUAGCAGGUGGACCAGCUCGUUCCACUGCUCGCGGGCUUCUGCAAAUUCCUAAGGAAGGAAAAACUACUGGAAUAUUUUUGUUCUUCGGGAAUAAAUUGACGGACGCAUUCAAUGGCAGAGUAAAACACGACAAGCG